GGAGAAAGCCUUAGUCCGCCAUUUCGUGGACGUCGGGUUCCGGGAAUCUUCGGCGGGAGCCGGGCGGGAGGCAAGCGGACGACCUAUCGAGGGUGUGUGGAUUUGAGCCUCCGCAUUUCUAACCCCAGAUCUCGAAAUGCAUCGUGAUUCCUGUCCAUUGGACUGUAAGGUUUAUGUAGGUAAUCUUGGAAAUAAUGGUAACAAGACUGAAUUGGAACGAGCCUUUGGCUAUUACGGACCACUCCGAAGUGUGUGGGUUGCUAGAAACCCGCCCGGCUUUGCUUUUGUUGAAUUUGAAGAUCCGCGAGAUGCAGCCGAUGCUGUCCGAGAGCUAGAUGGGAGAACGCUGUGUGGCUGUCGGGUAAGAGUGGAACUGUCGAAUGGUGAAAAAAGAAGUCGAAAUCGUGGCCCACCUCCCUCUUGGGGUCGCCGACCUCGAGAUGAUUAUCGGAGAAGGAGUCCUCCACCUCGCCGCAGAUCUCCAAGACGGAGAAGCUUCUCCCGCAGCCGGAGCAGGUCCCUUUCUAGAGAUAGGAGAAGAGAGAGAUCACUGUCUCGGGAGAGAAAUCACAAGCCAUCCCGAUCCUUUUCUAGGUCUCGUAGCCGAUCUAGGUCAAAUGAAAGGAAAUAGAAGACCAGUUUGCAGAGGAGUGGUGUACAGGAAAUAACUUCAUUUGACAGGAGUAUGUACAGAAAAUUCAAGUUUUGUUUGAGACUUCAUAAGCUUGGUGCAUUUUUAAGAUGUUUUAGCUGUUCACAUUUGUCUCUCGGAACAGUGACCCGUAAAGAUGUAAUUCUCUAUGGUUUGAAAUGAAUCAUAUGAGGCAUGUGACAUCAAGAAUUGUUACUCUACAAUGUUCCCGUAAACAAUUGAAUUUUCUUUGAAUCUUUAGUCUCACAUAGACUGAUAAUAGACCUCUAACUCCUGCCCAGCUAAAGUGUGAUGUUUAAUAUUGGAAACAAAAUUGGCAAAAAAAGACUAUUUUUUUUUCCAUGGGUAGGAUAUGGUAUGCAGCUAUAGGUGAAACAAGCAGUCUUUAAAAGCUGCUAUGAACACAAGCCAGCAGGUAAAAUUUAAAGCUGUACCAUCAAUUAUGAUUAGAGGUUUUUUUUAAAUAAAAAAAAAAGAGCCCAACUAGUCUUCACACAGAGCAGAGGUGGUCUACUCAAUAUUGAAUCCAAGAAGUUUUCAAGAAUUCACCUUCGUUUUAGGUCAUUAAUUCCUUAUGUGAUUGCUGUAUAUUGGAAAUUGGAGACUAUUCAAGAUACCAAUGUCCUGCCAGUUUAAGGGUACAUUGUAGAGCCCAAACUUUUGAGUUAACUGUGCAAGAAUUUUUUUCAUGCUCUCAUUUGUAAUAUGUUCUGUGAGAAUCCUUGGGAUUAAAGUUUUGGUUACAAAUUGCUGUUUAACCUGAAAGCCUGCUUUUUUCCUUGCAAAACUGAAAUAUGUGAGCUUGGUACCAAGUCCAGGUAUAACAUUCCUAUUGGAAAGCCAUACUUAUAUUUUCUUGUAAACUGCUUUUGAAUUAAUAAAAUAUCCACAUAAUUGUGUGAUAGUUGAGCCCACUAUUAGCAUAGUUCUUGUCCUGUGGAAAGCAGUUGGUUACACAAAUCUUACUUUAUAAAACACAGUUGAGGCUUUUGAAAAAAGGGAGUUAUUUGGUUGUCAUCUGAUCUUAGUACUUAACAUUUUUUAGAAGCCAGUUCUGAGUCCCGUAAUACUCUGUGACCAAGUAUAACAAGCAACCUGAUACAUGAUAGCCCAAAGUUGCCCAUUAAAAAGUGGCUUUUAUCAUUAGCAUGAGAACUUUCUACAAAGCUUUAAAAAUUGCUUCCAUUUUAGACAUUUUGAGGUGUUGCAUGGGGCUUCUAAAUUGAUCCAUCAUGAUGUAAAAUUCACUAUAUGGUUCAAAUGUAACAGUGCAGAAUACAGAGGCAUGCAUAACCUUCCUCUUAGAAAUCCAGAGGAGUUUGUAAUUUCAAAUUUUUGUGCAUUUAGAUUAAAUCAUAAUUCAACAGUCUUGUGGCUUAGUUUCCUUAAGUGUGCUAUUUAAAGAUAGUUUUGGAUUGUUCUGUGCUGACUUGAAUAUGAAAAGUCUCAUUGCAUUAGAAGUUCUGUAAGGAUGUUUUUUAAGAAACAGAUUCUGAACAGGCUAUUUCCAGUGCUCCUUAACCUUUCAUGCAAAUACCAGUAAGGGAGAAGAGUCAUUGGUGUCCGUCAGGUUCAGUUAUGGGCCCUGAUACAGAAGAAACUCUAUAGACUACCCUGCUUAUGUACUGGGAACUCUGGCUCUGGGCCUUUGGUUUUAUGGGAUUUCCUUAUAGCCUAAAAACUGUUCAUUAAAAUCAAGACAAAAUAGCUGAGGUCAUGAAAGUAAUACAGUGUAUCAGUAAUUACACUGCACUUGUAAAGAGACAUUGAUGCCAGCAUUUUGGGCAGUAAUGCAAAAUGCUCAGUCUUAAAUGAAAGGAUUUCUGUUGGGCAAUAGGUUGUGGGUGUAAUGUGGCUAAUACAGAGCCUAAGGCAACCUUGGCUUCAGGGAGUUAAUCCUCACUUAGUGUCCAAAUUUGGUUUGGACUUAAGGUUCAAACCAAAAAGCCCCCUAGUUCAUUAAAAAAAAGUAGAAACUGUUAAAACCCUACAUUGCACAGUUAUAUAGUAACUAUUAAAAGUUUGAAGUCACUAUAAUUUCUAAAACAUCCUGUUAGUUUUGUUGUCAGGCAUCCUCAGUUAAACAUGAUACUGAUAACAGUCAAAACAGACUUGAUACAAUGACUAUAGGUGUUGAAGUCACUGUUAAUUUUUGGUGAUAAUUUAAGGAAAUAUCAGGACUUGCUGACAAUGCUUUCAAGAAUAACGGUUUGGUUAACUUAUUUCUGACCUCAUGUCUUAAGUAGGUGAAGAUGAGAAAUUUUGGUUUAUGAGAUGUAGUUACCGUUUAUAUACUUUCACAGUUUCUUAAAAAGUCAUGUUGAGUAGAUAGCAUCUCCAUUAAGUUAGACUGACCCAUACGUACCUGGAUGGAGAGUCCUGGUUGCUUUUUAUUGUAUAGUCAUGGUUCAUAAGUACAGUGCAUCUUUAUCAGGGAUGGUGUUGGUCAUAGAAAUUACUCAAGAUACAGCCUGAUUUCAGGCCUAUCAACUCAGUUUUCCAGGGUGGUCUAGUUUGGUGUUACUUGGAAUUCUAGGUGAUUAUAAACAUUCCGGGUUAUAUAAGAACCACUGGUUUAGUACUUUUUCCUAAUUUGCUUCUAUUUUCAGAAUCCUGAACGUGAUUUAGAUGUCAAGAUCUAGAUGAUGUCUUCCAGUUGUAUAUUUUUGUAUUAGACUGUUGCCUUCUGGUUUUCCAUUUUUUUGAGAACAUAAAAGAUUUUUAUAAUUAAAGUAGCUGGAGAAAAACUGGGUUGGAGUAUAUUUUUAUCAAAAAAUCUUAGUGUAGAAUUCAGUAUAUGUCCAUACAUAUUUUCCAUCCUAUUAAAAGAUUCAUUGGCUACUUAAAAAGAACUCAGCUUGUAGCACAUGAAUUGAAAAUUUGUCUUUGGAUAAAUCUAUUUUGUUCAUGCCAACUUUUUCCUUACUGGGAUGGCAGAAAUUUGAUUGGGUGUUAGACUCAGUACUCCACUUUCUCUUCAAUCAUCUGGAAAAUGCUAACAGUCAAGCUGUUUACCAGAUAAACUUGAAGUAUAGGUGGAGGGCAUUACUUUUCUCAAAUUGUUUUUCCUUCAUUUGUUCUGACAAAACCUUGUAUGAUUAUUUACUAGUCUUAACCUGGAGUGCCUGUGUUGUAAGUCAGUACAUGUAUAUGCUUAGUCUUGAAGUGAAAGAUUUGUGGAAAUGGAACCGUUUGCUUCUUAAUCUUACCUGGAGAAAUUCUGAGAUGGAGAAUAUUUCACUAGAGCAAGAUGGAGCCUUCCAGCAAAGUAGACUAUAGGUAAUUUCCCCUUUUUUAAAGUCCUAGUCACUUGUGAAUGGGCACUUUUAGUAUUUUAACCUCAUUCAGAUUUCUUUUGGGGAAAGUUAGCAUCCUUUGAGUGCUUGAUUUUUAUUUGCUGCCAAGCUCCAAAACUUGAGUCUUUCAAGGAGGAAAGUUGCUUAAUAUUUCUAUAUUGCCGUCUCUUUGUAUGUGGUGUAUAGAUCAUUUGGGGGAAAAAUGGAAAUGGUCACUAAUUUAAAGGGAGAAAAACCUCUCAGGAAACAAUUUUCUAAACCCUUUUAAGUUGAGGCAACUAGUAGCCCAUUCUAGCUGGCUCUCUGACACCAGAAUUCUGUGUGAAGGAAAUUUUUUGUUUAUAAAAACUAUCUAUGUUCAGUUUCAACAAGAGUGCUUUACAAAUAAAUACAAAUCAAACAUU